UUUUUUAGCUUUUUAAAAAUCUGAGCUUGGAAAACAUGAUCCUAAAGGAAUCUUCCUUCAGCACAUUCCUCUACUUCAUUUCACACUUUACAAUAAAAAAAACUCUUUCAACCAGCCAUAAAUCUCCAACUCCUUUAAAGGUUUCUAGUUUGGUGACUCAAUCCUGUUUCUUAAUCCCCAUAUUGUUAUCUUCAAUUCUUCAUGCAUUUUCUUUUUGGGGGAUAAGGGGUUUAAGAAUGAUCAUGUGGACCAUUUUAUUGGUUCUUGCAAUACUUCAUAGGGCAAGUUCACAUGGAAUCCAACCUCUUUCAAGAAUUGCUAUUCAUAAAGCAACAUUAGCUCUUGACAACCUUGCUUAUGUUAAAGCCUCUCCUACUGUUCUGGGACUGAAUGGUCAAAAUACAGAAUGGGUUACAGUGGAAUAUAGCUCUCCAAACCCUUCAAUGGAUGAUUGGAUUGGGGUAUUUUCUCCUGCAAAUUUCAGUGCAUCAACCUGCCCAGCAGAAAACCCAAGGGUUUAUCCUCCACUGCUGUGCUCUGCACCUAUUAAGUUUCAGUAUGCAAAUUACACUAGUCCUGACUACAAAGUUAAUGGAAAAGGGUCGUUGAAGCUUCAGUUGAUUAACCAAAGAUCAGACUUCUCUUUUGCACUAUUUUCAAAUGGUUUCUUAAAUCCAAAGCUGGUGGCAGUGUCAAACACAGUAUCUUUUGCAAAUCCGAAUGCCCCGGUUUAUCCAUGCUUAGCACAAGGAAAGCAAUGGGAUGAAAUGACUGUAACUUGGACUAGUGGAUAUGGGAUUGAUGAAGCAGAGCCUUUUGUUCAAUGGGGUCCUAAAGGAGGACAUCAACAACAUUCCCCAGCUGUUACUCUAACUUUUGAUCGUAGCAGUGUGUGCGGUGCACCGGCGAGGACCAUCGGAUGGCGUGAUCCCGGAUUUAUACAUACAAGCUUUCUGAAAGAGUUGUGGCUGAACAGAGUGUAUACCUACAAACUGGGGCAUAGAUUGUUCAACAGUACAUAUGUUUGGAGUCAAGAAUACCAGUUUAGAGCAUCUCCAUUUCCCGGUCAGAAUUCUUUGCAACGCGUAGUCAUUUUUGGGGAUAUGGGAAAGGAUGAAGCUGAUGGCUCUAAUGAAUACAAUAAUUUCCAGCGGGGCUCUCUUAACGCUACUAAACAGCUUAUCAAAGAUCUGAAAAACAUUGACAUUGUUUUUCGCAUUGGAGACAUAUGUUAUGCUAAUGGAUAUAUUUCACAAUGGGACCAAUUUACUGCACAGAUUGAGCCUAUUGCAUCAGCUGUGCCUUAUAUGCUUGCAAGUGGUAACCAUGAACGUGAUUGGCCCGGAACUGGAUCUUUCUAUGAGAACAAUGAUUCUGGAGGCGAAUGUGGCGUGUUGGCUGAAACUAUGUUUUUUGUUCCUGCUGAAAACAGAGCUAAAUAUUGGUACUCCACUGACUACGGCAUGUUCCGAUUCUGCAUAGCGGACUCAGAACAUGAUUGGAGAGAGGGAACGGAGCAAUACAAGUUCAUCGAACAUUGCCUAGCAUCAGUUGACAGACAAAAGCAACCAUGGCUGGUCUUUCUUGCACAUAGAGUUCUCGGCUACUCUUCUGACCUCAGUUAUGCCGUUGAAGGAUCAUUUGGAGAACCAAUGGCAAAGGAAAACCUUCAAAAACUCUGGCAGAAAUACAAGGUUGACAUUGCCAUCUAUGGUCAUGCGCAUAAUUAUGAAAGGACAUGUCCUAUAUACGAGAAUCAAUGCACCGACAAUGAGAAACGAUACUAUAAGGGCACACUGAAGGGAACAAUACAUGUUGUUGCGGGUGGGGCAGGAGCAAGCCUUUCACCAUUCACCACUCUCAAGACCAAAUGGAGUUUAUUUAGAGAUUAUGAUUAUGGAUUUAUAAAACUUACCGCUUUCGAUCAUUCCAACCUGCUGUUUGAAUACAAGAAGAGCAGUGAUGGGAAGGUUUAUGAUUCUUUCAGAAUAUCCAGAGAUUAUAGAGACAUCUUGGCCUGCACUGUGGAUAGUUGCCCACUUACAACACUUGCAUCCUGAAUGAUAUACUUAAAUUUGCUGUCAUUCUCUUGAGCUUGUAAAUAUUACCCUCAAAACUGCAUGUUUUUUUGCAGUAUUUCAGGCUUACCCUUCUAAUACUUGUAUAUCAAAUAUUAGUAUAUUUCAACAUAUCCUAUCUAUUAAAUAUUUUAUAUAUAUUUAACCAAAAA